AUGUCGAAAUUUAAAGACGCAGUUGCAAGUAUUAGUAAAGAUGAGGAUCACCACGUAACGCUCCUUGAAGCAAAGAAAAAUUCUUUGUUUAGCAUCAUUCAACAUAUUUAUGAUCUCAGUCUAAAGGUUUCCAAUGAGAAUUAUAAGUUGCAAUUUUUAACUCGCGUUCAUUCGUUAGACAAGCUUCGUUCAGAUUUUAUAGAAACUUUAGAUUCGUUACUGGAGGCUCGCUUAAUUAUAGACAAGACGGCAAUACCGAACUACACGCCGCUUUCGUCAUUCGAUGAGUUAUAUUGUCAUAUUAAACAAGUGGAAAAUUCUAUAAAAAAUCUUAGACAGGAUAAUAAAGAAUUAGAUUUAUUAAGUCGAAAGUUGCCCCCUCUAAACCUUUUAAAGUACGACGGUUCGAAUCCGAGUAAGUGGAUUAGCUUCUACGAAAACUUUAAAACAUUAAUUCACGAUAAUAAAAAUUUACAUGACGCCGAAAAAGUUCAGUACUUGAUUGGUUGUUUGGCUGGUAAAGCUCUUAAUGUCUGUUCAGGUAUUCAACCCACCGCCGAUAAUUACUCGCUAUUAUGGAACGCAUUAGUAGAAAAAUAUCAGGAUGUACGCAUACAAGCAUCACAAUACGUCGAUCAGAUGUUACAAUUUAAAAGUAAUCAAACUCUGGAUACUUUUAUUGAGCAGUUCUGUUCAGCUGAAUCUGCGCUUAGGCAGUUGAAAAUAGACAAUCUAUCUGACUAUCUAUUUUUACAUACCGCUCUUACUAAACUCGAUAAAAAUAUUGUAAACUUAUUCGAACAAACUUAUAAAGAUAAAAAUAUACCUAACUUUUCAGAUUUAACGCAAUUUGUAAAAGAACAGUGUAAAAUACAAACAUUACGCAAUUCUCACUCUAAUUCUACUAAUUAUAAAUCGCAAAUUCAGAAUAAAUCAAAUUAUUCGUCAGAUAAUAAAAAAGUAACGCACACUAACGCAUUUCUUGUAAACACGGACGCAUCACCUUAUAAUGCACCACCGCAACAGAUAUAUAGGCCAAAGGUCAACGCACCCUCGUUCGAACUCGCUCGCAUACAGCCGCGUCAACUCUCAUGCGCAUUUUGUAAUUCGCCCUAUCCUCACGCUUUAUUUAAAUGUGAUUAUUUUAUUAAUCAAUCCGUACACGACCGCAUUACUAUUAUUAAGAAAAAUAAUUUAUGUGCUAAUUGCUUAGGUUUUCAUAAUAUAAACGCCUGUAAAUCUAUAAAUCGGUGUUAUACAUGUGGUUAUAAACACCACUCGCUUUUGCAUAUAGAUUCCAACAUACGUUCACGCUAUGACACAGCGCGUCCCACCCCGCAACCCGACCGAAGCCGCGUCGCUACAGUACAAUCGGCUACGCCCGCCCCUCGUAGUACUCCGUCGAACGCACAGGCUACGAGUGGGAAUUCAAAUAAUAUAACGCUGUCGGUAACUACUCCCGCGCAGAAUAAGUUAAACAAUACGACUAUUCUUUUACCUACCGCUGCUGUUCACGUAUACAAUCAGAAUAAGCGUUCGAAUGUACGUUUAUUUCUUGAUUCGGGUUCUAUGAGUAAUUUUAUUACCAAAACAUGUUGUAAUCGAUUAAACUUAAAUAUUACACCGUCUAAUUCUACCAUUAGGGGAAUAGGAAAAACAGAGAGUACGUCUUAUGGGUACACAACGUUUAAAAUUCACUCACGCUACGACGCCCGCUGUUCGUAUACAAUAACUGCACGAGUCAUAGACGUUAUAACUGAUUAUUUACCUAAUGUUCGCGUCGAUGUAUCGCAAUUAGAACACUUGCAAUCUUUACCGCUCGCUGAUGAUGAUUUCUACUCACCUGGCAGUGUUGACUGUCUUGUGGGCAAUGAGUUGUUCCCUAUACUGCUUGGUAGUGAUAAAGUGACAUCACCUACUUCAUCAGUUAUUGGUUUAGAGACUACACUCGGUUAUAUAGUCAUGGGAAAGGCUGACUGCGACUCUCCUUCUCAGAAUAGUACGCUUUCAAAUAAUGACAAAUUAUUUUUCUGUCAAUCCGACCCGCUUCCGCUUGAUACUCUUACACAACGCUUCUGGGAGUUAGAAAGUGUUCCCUCUAAAACGCAUAUGAGUAAAGACGACGAGAUUUGUGAAAACAAUUUUAAAUCGACUUAUUCUCGAGAUAAUAAAGGUCAAUAUACCGUUCACUUACCAUUUAAAUUACCGCCUUCGAAAUUAGGAAAUUCAUACGCUAUUGCAAAACGUCAGUAUUUACAAUUGGAAAAGAAAUUAGAUUCACAGCCCGAUCUACGUAAAGAUUAUAACUCCACAAUUCAAGAUUAUAUUGAUAAAGGGUAUUUAAGUAUAGUAAAAAAUCCUACAUACGACUCUGAACAUUAUUACAUUCCGCACAGAGCUGUUUAUCGCCCUGAUAAACAGACAUCAAAAACACGCAUAGUCCUCAACGCUGGUUGUAAGACCACGUCCGGAUUAUCACUGAACGACAUACUUUAUACAGGUUGUAAUUUACAAACUAAUAUUUUUGAUUUGUUGAUGAAUUUACGCAUGUUUGCUAUUGGUGUAACGGCUGACAUAGAACGAAUGUAUUUCUGUAUUAAACUCACGUUUGAUCAUCAACCAUUUCAACGCAUACUUUUUAGAUUCAAUACUGAAACUAAUAUACAAACUUAUGAAUUUAACAGAGUCUCAUUCGGAGUCUCUAGUUCUCCCUUUCUCGCGAUGAGGGUUGUGAGACAACUGGCUUCAGAUAGUCGCACUGAAUAUCCUCUCGCCGCCCACGAGGCUGAUAAUCACAUGUAUAUGGAUGAUUAUGUAUCGUCAUUAGAUGGUCUAGAUGCAGCCGAAAAAACAUAUCAAGAGAUGAUUAAUAUGUUUUCUUCGGGUGGAUUUAAAUUAGUAAAAUGGGUGUCCAACUGUAAGGAAUUUAUGACUAAAGUAGACAAUUCGAAUAAAAAUCCGCAAUUUGUAACAUUUGACUGUGACUCAAACGCAAAUACAAAAAUUAUAGGUAUGCAAUGGAAUCCUAAAGAGGAUAAUUUUAAAUAUAAAAUAAGUACAGAUUCAUCACAAUGUACCAAACGCACUAUUCUCUCUGUAACCGCACGUUUAUUCGAUCCAUUAGGAUUGCUAGGCCCGAUUACCGCAUUUUUAAAGCUUCUAGUUCAGGAAUGUUGGAUGAACAAUCUGGACUGGGAUGCAUCUACCCCAUCCUCCAUAUCUAAUAAAUGGUUGAAGUUUCAAUCUGAACUUCUAUUUUUGGAACAGAUUGAAAUUCCUCGUCAUGUAGGUAUAACACGCAACUCACAUGUAACUCUUAUCGGAUUCGCAGACGCUAGUGGAGUCAAGAGUACCUCACUUCCCUUCAGCAAAGACAAAAGUGGAAUACACCAUCUACACCUGUUCAUCGGGGAUGGGAAGCAGAAGCGUAAGCAGACCAACUGCCAGAUGGUCGGACGACAUCAAGAAAACGACAGGACCGAGCGGGAACAAAUGCGCCUAAGACAGAAGACGAUGGAAAUUAUGCAAAAAGCAAGCAACAAAUCUUCUUCUUCUUCUCCAUCUAUUAGUCUACUGCUGGAGUAG